GCUGAGCCUGAUGAGGAGGAGGCUACACACAUACUGCCCAUAUUCCGCUGCCCACUUUCCAAUUCCCUUACUCAUCACCUGACUGACACCGCGCCUACAUCGCCAUGAUAAUAAACACACGCACUUCGUCCAUCGUUCCCGCUUCUCUCCUGCAAUUACGCCGCACAGAACGCCGCCGAGUAUGCCUUGCUUCCGGAUCUUACCGACACCCUCUUCACUCUAGAAUUCGGAUUCCCUUAGUGUGCGGCGCGAUUGUGGCAAUGUUCAUUUGUUAUGGCAUGCUGGCUACUGCAUUGUCAACAACAGCAUUCGAUCACGUCUCCCACAGCGGGAGAAGAAUACAGAGUGAGCUCUAGCUUGACAUUCUGGUCUAAUCAAUGAUGGGGCGGGAUGGGUUGCCGUUCUUAAUCUUUGCCCUGGUGGCAUUAUCCAUGUUCUUGCUCUUCUUACAGCUGCCUCGAGAAGAACUCUCUCCCCCGAGAAACGACCCUACUGUGUUGCCCUGCAAGUUACACAACAUAGCCAAGCAUGCCAACGAUACGACGUGCGAGCCUUUUCACCGAUCGUUGUUUCCGCAGAAUUUUGUGUUCGGAGCUGCAACGGCUGCUUAUCAGGUGGAGGGUGCUGCCAAUGAGAGUGGACGGGAGCCUAGCAUUUGGGACACAUUCUCUCAUACUCCAGGAAAGGUUCUGCACAACCAUACUGGUGAUGUUGCAAGUGAUCAGUUUCACAAGUUCCUAGAUGACAUCGACUUGAUGACGCAGCUGAAUGUGGAUGCUUAUCGGUUCUCCAUUUCUUGGUCUCGGAUCAUGAAGCUCGGAGGCUCUAAUCCAGUGGUGAAUGAAGAAGGAAUGGCCUACUAUAACAACCUCAUUAACGGUCUCCUGAAGAAAGGAAUCCAACCCUAUGUGACACUAUAUCACUGGGACCUUCCGCAAUCUUUGCAGGACUCCUACGGCGGUUGGCUUGACCGGAGGAUAGUAAAUGAUUUUACGCAAUACGCGGAGGCUUGUUUCACCGCUUUCGGCGACCGUGUCAAGCAUUGGAUCACUUUCAACGAGCCUAAGUCAUUCACUGUACUCGGAUUUGGUAAUGGAAUUCACGCUCCUGGGAGAUGCUCCGACCGGACGCUUUGCCCUGCAGGUAACACAUCCACAGAGCCUUACAUUACGGCCCACCAUGUGCUACUUGCGCAUGCUGCAGCUGCGGACGUGUACAGAAAGAAAUUUAAGGAUACACAGGGCGGCAUGAUAGGGAUCUCCGUGGACUCAGAGUGGUCCGAGCCCCUGACCAGUUCCGUGGAAGACAAGGAAGCUGCAGAGCGGCAUACGCUCUUCCAGCUUGGAUGGUUUUUGGAUCCAAUAUACCGAGGUGAUUACCCAGCGAUUAUGCGCACACAUGUGGGUGCUCGGUUGCCUGUAUUCACUGCCGAUGAGGUGGCAUUGCUGAAGGGAUCUUUAGAUUUCAUUGGUCUCAACCAUUACUCUUCCAGGUGGAUAUCCAACGGUGUCAGAGUGGAGAAUUCACUGAACAGCGACAACUGGAACGACCAGGCAAUUGAGUCUUCAGCCAACUUGGUUCGAUGUUUUGCAGUGACCCGAAAUGGAACGCAAAUUGGGGAUGUGGCAGCUUCGGAGUGGCUCUUCAUCGUACCCUGGGGUAUCGGAAAAACAUUGGUUUGGUUGACACAACGAUAUGAAAACCCGCCGCUAUUUGUCACAGAAAAUGGUAUGGACGACCUUGACAGUGAUAAACCUAUGGCAGUGCUUCUAAACGAUACGACCCGUGUCGCGUUCUAUGAAAAUUAUCUCUUCUCUGUUCUUGAAGCCAUCCGGAAUGGAUCAGAUGUGCGCGGAUAUUUUGCAUGGUCGCUGAUGGAUAACUUCGAGUGGGCGAUGGGGUACACUCGGCGGUUCGGAAUGCUAUAUGUGGAUUACAACAACAAUCAACAGAGACAUCUCAAGGAAUCAGCCAAGUGGUUCUCUCGAUUCCUUUCUCGUGGCGUAUGACUCCAGCUCUUUGCGUGUUUUCUAUACAUCUGCAUAUCUGCAAGACUUCCUCAAGAAGCUUUGGAAUUGCAUCGCAAUAUAAUCAAUUAUUUGGCUAAGAGUCAGUUCGGAGGUGUCAGUGAUCCUGAGAAUGGACCCCGGAUUCUCCAGAACUCAAAGAAACAAAGCCAAACUGGAGAGACCCAACAACAAGGACUCCUGCGUAUGGACGUGGCACAAAUGUUGACUAGGUGGCGUGUUCUAUCACACUGCUGAUAGAGAACUCAAUGAUUCCCUCGUAGUUUUGUUAGAGGUAGUUCAUUUAUCAAACUGCGGUAUAUCAUUACUACACAGGGAUUCUUACGGUGGUCAUCAUCACCAGCCCCACAACCUCAAGUUGAAAGGACAGAUCGCUGGAUCGGUUUCUUCUCAAGAUUUUGUAAGUCUCGAUGAUAAUCGUGAGCUUCCUAUGGUGUUCAUGUGUUCGUGUUCAAAUUAAAAGAAUCAAAAAAACGAAACGGGUUUCUGGUU